GGCGGCCGAUUUGAUCCGUGCCGGUUCUCGCGUCAAACGUGAGAAUCUGUGGCAGCGAACCGCCUCCCGUGCUGUCGACGUCGCGGUUCCACUGCUGCGCCGAGUUCAUCCGCUGGCGAGCGCUCAAAUUCAAAGCCCAGCACCACCCGCUGCCUUGUGCUCUGAGCAGGAUCUUCUCGCAGACGCAGUCGACGGGAUGUUCGAGCACAGCGAAUCCAAACCGAUCCUCGCACAGCAUGGUGCGUCGAGCGACGCCCUCUCGGAGACCGAAUUAGCAAGAGCGGCGUCGUUUGCCGGGCCGCGCCGCGCCAGCACCACAAAUCUAGAACAGUCCUUGCAGGACGCCGGGAGCAGCAGCGGCGGUAGCAGCAGCCCGCGGUCGCGGAGCAGUAUUGCGCCCGCGACGAUUGUGGAGCGCGGCGCCGGCGUCUGCAUCGGCGCGCUGCUCAACCUCAUGUUGUGCGUGCCCUUUGCUUUAGCUUAUUUCCCGAUCGAGUGGCACCCUUUCCCUGUCCCCAGAGCGAUGGGCUGCAGCAUGUACUUUUUGAGCACCGUCAUUGCUCAAAUAGUACUGACGUUCCAAUCCGGGUUCGCCACCGCGCAAGGGCAGAUGAUGGUCGAGAACGUUCGCGACCGUGUCGAAAUUUUCGGAGAGGUCCCGAGACGUCGCGUCGAUGGCGUGGGGGGGGACCCGAUUCAUCCGCGCAGAUCCCGUUCAUGCACGCCAUCGCCACGGUCGCCAUGGAGCACCAAGGGCUGGGCGAGGACGCGCUCGGCACAGUGUUAAUUAUUUGGACCGUCGGCACGCUCUUCGUCGGCGCCGCGUUCUUCGCUCUCGGAUAUCUGAAAGUAGGGUCGAUCGUCUACCACAUCCCGAGACAAGUUAUUGUCGGUUGCAUCGGCGGCAUUGGCAUUUUUUUAGUGAGAACAUGCUUCGAGGUCUCUACCGGCCUCCCGUUCGGGCCCGAGUUGUUGGGAAGCGUCUGGCCGCUCUGGGGGUUGAGCGUCGCCUACGAGGUCGGCCUCCGCAUGUUGCUGCGCUGCGACGGCGUCACGCGGCGCACAGGACCAUUGCUAGCUCCAAUCUACUUUUUGGGUAUCGUGCCCACGUUCUACUUACUGCUGUUCAUGCGCGGUGGUAACGUGCACGACGCCCGCUCGAAUUACUUCCUCUUCCCGAACACGCCGGACGUGUCGCCUUUCCUGCCGGUGGAGGUUAUGGCACAGACCGUUCGACGCGGUUCUUUCAGUUGGCGCGCGUUCGUGAAGGCGCUACCGACCACGGCCAUGCUUGCUAUCUUUGCCCUCAUGCAUGUCCCUAUUAAUAUCCCCGCGUUGGCCGCCACGGUCCACGUCGACUACGACUUGAACCAUGAGCUCAAGCUCCACGGCGUGUCGAACCUCGCGAGCGGCUUGGUCGGCGGCCUGCCAAAUUAUCUGGGCUAUUGCAACUCGGUGAUGUACGCGCGGUGCGGGGGCGGCGGCCGGGCGGCCGGGGCCGCGCUGAUCGUCGUCGAGGCGCUCUCGGUUGCUUAUGGAAUGCGUGUGGUACCUUAUGUCCCGAGGUGCCUGGCGGGCUGCCUCAUCCUCCACGUCGGCCUCGACCUCGUCAAGGAGGCGUUGUAUGAUUCCCUAGGUGCGUUUGAUUCAUUGGAAUAUGGCUGCAUCGUGGCGAUUGGCUUCGUGAUGACGGUCUUCGGCUUCUCUUCUGGUCUGCUCUUCGCGCUGGUCGCGUCGACGCUAAUCUUCACGAUUCAACAAGCCGUGCACGGCAACCCCGUCCGGGGCACGAUGCGCGGCACGACGUUGAGAUCCUCAAAGUGGCGCACGGCAGCAGCACGAACAGCCCUCGACCACGCCAUGGGCGCCGUGCUGGUGGUACAGGUCGUCGGGACGUUGUUUUUCGGGAACGCGACGGAGUUGAAAGAACGCGUCGCCCGGGAGCUCAAACUCGACAGGAAGGUCACGGUCCUCGUUUUGGACUUUACCUUGGUGCGGUCGAUAGACGCGUCCGCCGCCGAGACCGUCGGCUCCGAGAUCUGCGCGAUUGCCAAGCGCCACGGGGCCCGUGUCUGCUACGCGUCGGGCCGCGCCGACGGCUUCCCGACCGCGGCGCCGAUGACGGAACGCCUUUUAACAGAGCAGGUCCACGUCGCUCGCGAUUUAGAUGCUGCAAUAUUGUGGGCUGAGAACGUGCUCCUCGCCAUUAAGGGUGGACCGACCUCUCCGCUGCGGCCGCCCAAGUCGCCGGAGCUUGGUGCGCCUGCUUCACAGCUCGCGGUGCUGAUGCCGUCGCUGUCGGCGCGGGACCGCGAUUCUCUAGCGUCGCAUUUCAAGGGGCGACGCCUGUCGCCCGGCGAGGUCUUAUGGAGGCAGAACGACCCCGCCACAUCGAUCGUAAUAGUAGCGGCCGGCGCGCUCGUGUCGACCCUAGAAGACGUCGACGAGGAGGUCUCCGCGGGCCAGAUGUGCGGCGAAUCGGCGGCAUUAACAAAGGCUAGGAGAGCCUCAACAGUGGCCUGCGCCGCCGACGGGCCCGCCCAGGUCUACGUCCUCGGGUCGAUCGCGCUCGCCGCCCUGCCGGCCGAGCUCAAGCUCGAGUUGUGUUUACUAUCGAUGCGCUACAUGAGCCACCGCCUCGACCACGUGGCCAACCGGAUCUGGGAGACGCGGUGCGUGUCGAUUUGAGUAAGUGUGCUGUUAUGUGA